AUGGCAUCAAUGGGAAUAAGGAACCUGGUUGAAUAUUAUCCGCCCAUAAGCGAAUUGCUCAUUUUCAACACAAGGGAUUUGCUUGAUGUAGCUGAUGUUUUGAGUAAAGCGACUGAAACUGUAUCUGAAGAAGAAAUCACUGAUAAAAACCCACAUUUGAGAAGCCUUUAUGAAGGUUUGAUUAUGACUGAAUCUCAGUUGAAGAGUGUAUUCAAAAGGCAUGGAUUGGAUCCAGUGGAUCCUAUCAAUGAGAAGUUUGCUGCUAACUUCCAUGAGGCCCUAUUUCAAAUGGAUGCUCCCAACAAAGAUGCUGGUCGAGAUGCUGGUAUAGUGGUAGUAGUGGUAGGCCAGCUUCAGUGGGGGUUUCAAAAUAACUAA